AUGGAGCUAGUUGUAAUGGUUGCACAGAGGGUCUGGUAUCGCCGGAACAAGUUUGUGUUCGAGGAUUUGUUGACUCCUCCAACGUGUUCGAUUAAAUGUGCCAAAGAGUCUUUGGAUGAGUACCGUAGCACGAAUAGUAUGAAUGUGGCCUCUCUGUCUAGGUCUCGGGUUCCAAUAUUAACACGAUGGUCCAAGCCUCCAGUGGGUUUUGUCAAACUGAAUUGGGAUGCGGCAGUUGAUCGUUCGAAGAAGAUGGUAGGGUUGGGGAUUAUUGCCCGUGAUUCUAGCGGAAUUGUUGUGGCUUCAAUGUGUUCUUUUCACCCGCAUGUAUCUGAUUCCAUUGUGGCAGAGGCUAUAGGUGCUCGACAGGCAGCUGAGUUCGGAAGGUUCCUGUGUCUUCAAUCAGUGAUGUUGGAAGGGGAUUCUCUAGAAGUGGUUCUUGCUCUUCAGCAUGAAAAUGUAGUUGACGGGUAUUACAACAAUCUAGUUCUGGAGACCAAAGUUAUUCUUCACGAUUUUACGUCAGCUAUUGUUCAUCACGUGGGUCGAAUGGGAAAUCAAGCUGCCCAUUCUCUUGCACGGCAUGCUGUCUCUAAUGUUUUAAACCAUGUUUGGUUUUCAUCUGUUCCUUUAUGUCUUUCUAAUAUUGUAUCUGAUGAUUUGUUGUUAUCUAAUCAUAUAUGA